UUCUCAGUCCGACACCGAGCGAGGAAGCGUCACUGUGCUGAGGCUCGGCGGGAAGGGAGGGUCUCCAUUAGGCGUCUGAAGUCCGGUGUCCUGACCAGCUGAGUCCGCCCGUCUGUCUGCCUCUCACCUGUCUGCCUGUGUCUCACCUGUCUGUCUGUCUGUCUGUCUGUGGGUGGAGGGAAAGCGGCUGCAGCGGGAGGAUGCUCUCCUCCUGCCGGGAAUCAGGACUUUCCUCUCCCGUCCUCCGGCCGGGAUGCUGCGGUGUGAUCGCGGGGCUUCCUCCCUCUUCUGCCCGCUGAAGUUGGAUCAUCUGCGGGGAUUAAACAUUUGUUUUCGUCGCUCUCCCUCUCUCCCUCUGUCUCUCUGCCUCUCUCCGGAACUGCCCGGUGGUUUCACAGAGGAAAUAACCCGCUUCUUUUAUUUUGUGACUCUGGAUUAUUAUUAUUAUUAAUUUAUGAUCUUUCCAGACCCGCCGCCCCGGACUCUGCUGGAUUUUACGCGCAGCGCAGAUUUGUGAAUGAGCCGCGGCUCCUCCACCUCCCGCGCUGCGCGUUAUAACGCAGGGAGAGAGGGAGAGAGGAGGGAGAGAGGAGGGAGGGGGGCACAGGAGUAGUAACCACGGCUGGUCCCGAGGUCGAGGAUUAGUGUGAGGAGGGAUUAUAUAUUUUCCAGGAGCAGAAUCCUCCAUCGCUUCUGUUCAUUUGUGAUUUUUAUUCCCACAGUGUCUCUGUGGCGUUUUGGACACGACGUGAACUUCUCCACACGCGCGCGGACAUUUCCCUCAUUUCUGAUGCUUCAUCCUUUCCUGAAAGUAAAAUAGUAAUAAUUAUUAUUACUAUAAUAACCCGCGGUGUGUCUGUGGGUGGAGCGGAGAAUAUUCCAGGCUGAGGCCGCAAAAAUAAACUCUAAACUCUAAACUGAUAAAUAGAGAAAAGUUCUUCUGUCUAAAUUGUGUCAGGUAAAUACAACCGGGGGGGUGAUGGUUCCUCUGUGAACACACAGCAGAGGAAACUCUGGUUCUCCCACUGAGAUAUUAAAGGAAAUUACACUCAACCCGCUGAGAUCGAACAGAAGCUGCCAGGUCAGCAGAGAGCAGCUCAGAGCGGCGGGAAUGACUGAUGUUUAAUUAUAGAGACGUGAUGAGAGAAGAUCAUCAGUGAGAACUGACACAACUCCAUCAUUUAAUGUUUGUAGUGGAAUUGUAAAAGAUAUUUCAAAAUAAAAGGCAGAUUAUACGACAGAGUCAGUGAGAGACGCAAAGUAAGAAAUAUUAUAGGAGGAGUCAUAUUCAUGAAGUUUAAUUUGAAGUUAUUUUAUUUCACGUUUGCUGCUGCAGAAAGAUUAUAGAAUAAUAGAUUAUAGAAACACAACAGAAUGAAAAUGAUUAUAAACUGAUUAUUAAGCACCAGAUGGAGAAUAAACCUGCAGCUUCAUGUAAAGACACAGAGAGAGAUUAACAGAGAGACAGAGAUUCUUUGUGUUUUUGGAUUUUAAAUUAUGAUAAUUAAUCGAUACGUUUAUUUAUAUAUUUUGUCCUUGGUGAAAAAAGCAGAAAAAUAAAAAAUGAAAACUCGGAGAAAAUCAGAUGUUUUUAACCUUUAAAAAGAAUUGACAUGAAAAUCUCCAGUAAUUAUAAUAAUAUACAAAUAUGAUAAUAUAGAAAUGAUCAGUAUGAAUCGAUCAUCAGGUGAUUAUUAGAUGAAGCAAAUGCCAACUCAUCAGAGGAGAAAUAAUCGAUUGAUAUCAGAGGACUGAUAAUAGAUCAGCUGAUCUGGUCUGAAAGAUCUUGAACCAACAGGAGUGAACCAGGACCAGGACCAGAUCCAGGACCAGGACCAGGUCCAGGACCAGGACCAGGACCAGGACCAGAUCCAGGACCAGGACCAGGACCAGAUCCAGGACCAGGACCAGGACCAGGACCAGGACGAGACCAGACCAGAAGCAGCAGCAGCAGCAGCAGCAGCGGCCCCUGCUGACACGGUGCCCCCCCCCCCCACAGAUGAGUGAACAUGUCGGACCGGAGCGCCCCGGGCUGCCGGCUCAGACUGGACUGGGUCUACGGGUACCGGGGCCACCAGUGCCGGAAUAACCUGUACUACACGGCCGGGAAAGAGGUGGUGUACUUCGUGGCCGGAGUGGGCGUGGUUUACAACACCAGGGAGCACAGCCAGAGGUUCUACCUGGGACACAACGAUGACAUCAUCAGCCUGGCGCUGCACCCGGAGCGCUCCCUGGUGGCGACGGGUCAGGUGGGGAAGGACCCCUACGUGUGUGUGUGGGACUCCUUCACCGCCCAGACCGUCUCUCUGCUCCGCGACGGACACACACACGGCAUCGCCUGCCUCGCAUUCAGCGCUGACGGACAGCGGUUAGCCUCGGUCGGCCUGGAUGCCAAGAACACAGUGUGUAUUUGGGAGUGGAAGAGAGGAAAGAUCCUGGCUACAGCCACCGGACACUCAGACAGGAUCUUCGACAUCUGCUGGGAUCCGUUUCAACAAACCCGUCUGGUGAGCUGCGGAGUCAAACACAUCAAGUUCUGGUCUCUGUGUGGAAACUCUCUCACUCCCAAGCGGGGGAUCUUCGGGAAGACGGGCGACCUUCAGACCAUCCUGUGCGUGGCGUCGGCGAAAGAUGACAUCACGUACUCCGGGGCGCUCAACGGGGACAUCUACGUCUGGAAGGGACUCAACCUGAUCCGGACGGUUCAGGCCGCCCACGGGGCUGGUAUCUUCAGCAUGUAUUCCUGUGAGGAGGGUUUUGCCACGGGCGGCAGAGACGGCUGCAUCCGAUUGUGGGACGUCGACUUCAAACCGAUCACCAAGAUCGACCUGCGAGAGGCGGAGCAGGGAUACAAAGGUCUGUCUAUUCGCAGCGUCUGCUGGCGAGCCGACCGGAUCCUGGCGGGAACCCAGGACAGCGAGAUCUUUGAGGUGAUGGUGAGGGACCGGGACAAACCGCUGCUCAUCAUGCAGGGUCACAGUGAAGGCGAGCUCUGGGCGCUGGAUGUUCACCCCAAGAAACCUCUGGCGGUCACCGGCAGCGACGACCGCUCCGUCAGGUUGUGGAGUCUGGUGGAUCACGCCCUCAUCGCUCGCUGUAACAUGGAGGAGGCGGUGCGGAGCGUGGCGUUCAGCGUGGAUGGAUCCCAGCUGGCUCUGGGCAUGAAGGACGGAUCCUUCACUGUGCUGAGAGUCAGAGACAUGACCGAGGUCGUUCACAUCAAAGACAGGAAGGAGGUGAUCCAUGAGAUGAAGUUCUCUCCAGACGGAGCGUAUCUCGCCGUCGGCUCCAACGACGGACUGGUCGACGUCUACGCUGUCGCCCAGAGAUACAAGAAGGUGGGAGAAUGCAGUAAAUCCUCCAGCUUCAUCACACACCUGGACUGGUCUCAGGACAGUAAAAUCCUGCAGAGCAACGACGGAGCUGGAGAGCGUCUCUUCUACCGGAUGCCCAUGGGGAAGCCAGUCGUCAGUAAGGAGGAGGUGAAAGGUCAACGCUGGGCGUCCUGGAGUGGCGUCCUGGGCUCAGAGGUCACCGGCAUCUGGCCCAAAUACUCAGAUCUAACUGAGAUCAACGCCGUGGACGCCAAUCACACCGCCGCCGUGCUCGUCACCGGGGACGACCUCGGCCUCGUUAAGCUCUACCGCUUCCCCUGUCUCAGGAAAGGAGCCAAAUUCAAGAAGUACAUCGGUCACUCGGCCCAUGUGACCAACGUCCGCUGGUCACAUGACCUGCAGUGGGUGCUGACCACAGGUGGGGCCGACCACGCCCUGUUCCAGUGGAGGUUUCUGCCGGAGUCUGUCAUGAACGGAGGACUGGACGUCAACGUACAAGACAGUCAUGGAGACUCCAACAGUGAGGAGUCAGACAGCGACGUGUCAGACGUCCCGGAGCUCGACUCCGACAUUGAACAGGAAACGCAGAUCCACUACGACAGACAGUUUUUUUUUAUUAUUAAGGUGUAUAAGGAGGAUCUGCCUCAGCUGAGACAGCAGAGCAGAGAGAAGAAGCAGCAGGUCGGAUCUCUGAAGAGACAGAGGGGACCAGACCAAGGCCUCCGGCUGCAGUUUGUUCAUGGGUACCGUGGUUACGACUGUAGGAACAACCUGUUCUACACUCAGGGGGGGGAGGUGUUGUACCAUGUGGCGGCGGUGGGCGUGGUCUACAACCGACAGCUGCACAGUCAGCGCUUCUACCUCGGCCACGAUGACGACAUCCUGAGCCUCAGCAUCCACCCGCUGAAGGACUACGCUGCUACGGGACAGGUGGGGAGGGACCCAGCCAUCCACGUGUGGGACAUCCAGACCAUGAAGUGUCUGUCGUUGCUGAAGGGGUUUCAUCAGAGAGGAGUGUGUGCACUGGACUUCUCAGCUGAUGGAAAGAGUCUGGUCUCAGUCGGAGUCGAUGACGGACAUUCGAUCGUAGUCUGGGACUGGAAGAGAGGAGAGAAACUCGCCACUGCCAGGGGCCAUAAGGAGAAGAUAUUUGUGGUGAAGUGUAAUCCCAUGCUGAUGGACAAACUGGUCACUGUGGGAAUCAAACACAUCAAGUUCUGGCAGCAUGCAGGUGGCGGUCUGACCUUCAGGCGCGGUGCGUUCAGGAGCGUCGGCCGGCCAGAGACCAUGAUGUCGGUGUGCUACGGCCGAAGCGAGGCGCUGGUGUUCACCGGAGCUGCCACCGGAGACGUUUACAUCUGGAAGGAACCGCUGCUGCUGAAGACGGUCAAAGCUCACGACGGACCGGUGUUCGCCAUGUUCUCCCUGGACAAGGGCUUCGUCACCGGCGGGAAGGACGGCGUGGUGGAGCUGUGGGACGACAUGUUUGACCGCUGUCUGAAGACCUACGCCAUCAAGAGAGCGGCGCUGUCCCCGGGAUCUAAAGGCCUGCUGCUGGAGGACAACCCGUCCAUCAGAGCCAUCACUCUGGGUCACGGUCACAUCCUGGUGGGAACCAAGAACGGAGAAGUUCUGGAAAUCGACAAGACCGGACCCAUGACCCUGCUGGUGCAGGGCCACAUGGAGGGUGAGGUCUGGGGUCUGGCCCCCCACCCCCUCCUCCCCAUCUGUGCCACCGUCAGCGACGAUAAAACCCUGCGACUGUGGGAGACGUCGGCCAAUCACCGCAUGGUGGCCGUCCGCAAGCUGAAGCGAGGCGGCCGCUGCUGCGCCUUCUCUCCUGAUGGGAAGGCGCUGGCGGUCGGCCUGAGUGACGGCGGCGUGCUGGUGGUGAACGCAGACACGCUGGAGGAUCUGGUGAGCUUCCAUCAUCGCCGUGACGCCAUCUCUGACGUCCGCUUCACCCCAGACUCAGGUAAAUACCUGGCGGUGGCGUCACAUGACAGCUUCGUGGACAUCUACAACGUGCUGAGCAGUAAGAGAGUGGGAAUCUGUAAAGGAGCGUCCAGUUACAUCACACACAUCGACUGGGACGCUCGAGGUAAACUGCUGCAGGUGAACACAGGAGCCAAAGAGCAGCUUUUCUUUGAAGCCCCAAGAGGAAAAAGACAAACAAUCAGAAACUCUGAGCUGGAGCGGGUGGAGUGGUCCAGCUGGACAUGUGUCCUGGGUUUGAGCUGCGAGGGAAUCUGGCCAACGCACAGCGACAUCACCGACAUCAACGCCACGUCGCUCACCGGAGACCGCACGCUGCUCGCCACCGGAGAUGAUUUCGGAUUCCUCAAACUGUUCGGCUACCCCGUCAGAGGUCAGUACUCGCGCUUCAAGCGUUAUGUCGGCCACAGCGCCCAGGUGACCAACGUCCGCUGGGCUCAGGACGACUCCACCCUGCUGACGGUGGGUGGGGCUGACACCGCCCUGAUGAUCUGGGCAAGGGAGCGAGGAGGCGGGGUCAGUGGGGAGGGGGAGGGGCCUUUGCUUCGUGACAACCGGCCGCCCGUGGACAGCGAGGAGUCGGACGACGACAUCGAGGAGGACGGAGGCUACGACAGCGACGUAGCGCGGGAGAAGACGGUGGACUACACCACCAAGAUGUACGCCGUCAGCAUCCGAGAGAUGAGUGGAACCAAACCUCACCAACAGCUGAAGGAGCUGUCUGCUGAGGAGAGGCAGGGCAUUGUCAAGCCUCCAGUGAGUCGAGCAGCGCCGCAGCCAGAGAAGCUUCAGAAGAACAACGUCUCCAAGAAGAAGAGACUGGUCGAGGACCUGGUCUUGGAUCACGUGUUCGGUUUUCGGGGCUUCGAUUGUCGGAACAACCUGCACUACCUCAACGACGGCGCCGACAUCGUCUACCACACUGCCAACACCGCCAUCGUCCACAGCCUCACCACCGGAACUCAGAGUUUCUACCUGGAACACACUGACGACAUCCUCUGUCUGACUGUCAACCAGCACCCGAAAUACAAAAACAUCAUCGCCACGGGACAGAUUGGUGACGUCAGUGAACUCCCAGGCACCACUCCUUCGGUCCACGUGUGGGACGCGAUGAGUAAACAGACUCUGUCCAUCCUUCGCUGUCCUCACACCAAAGGCGUCAGCUACGUCAACUUCAGCGCCACGGGGAAGCUGCUGCUGUCUGUCGGAGUGGAGCCUGAACACACCAUCACUGUGUGGCGCUGGCAGGAAGGAUCCAAGGUGUGCAGUAAAGCCGGACACCCGGACCGGAUCUUCGUUGUAGAGUUUCGGCCGGACUCGGACUCCCAGUUCGUGUCUGUGGGAAUAAAACACGUGAAGUUCUGGGCGCUGGCCGGCGGCGCACUGAUGUACAAGAAGGGCGUAGUGGGGACGGUGGAGGACGGCAGGAUGCAGACGAUGCUGUCUGUCGCCUUCGGUGCUAAUAACUUGACGUUCACCGGCGCCAUUAACGGGGACGUGUACGUGUGGCGAGACCACUUCCUGCUGAGGGUGGUGGCGAAGGCCCACACCGGGCCGGUCUUCACCAUGUACACCACGCUGAGAGACGGACUCAUCGUCACCGGCGGCAAGGAGAGGCCGACGAAGGAGGGUGGCGCGGUGAAGCUCUGGGAUCAGGAGAUGAAACGUUGUCGGGCGUUCCAGCUGGAGACGGGACAGCAGGUGGAGUGUGUCCGGUCCGUCUGCAGAGGAAAGGGUAAGAUCCUGGUGGGGACGAAGGACGGGGAGAUCAUCGAGGUCGGGGAGAAGAACGCGGCGUCCAACCUGCUGCUGGACAGUCACGCUCGGGGAGGGAUCUGGGGUCUGACCGCUCAUCCUGCUAAAGAGCUCUGCAUCACCGCCAGCGACGACGCCACCAUCAGACUCUGGGACCUCACCGACAAGAAACUGUUGAACAAGGUGUGUGUCGGCCACGCGGCCCGGUGUGUGAGCUACAGCGCAGACGGAGAGAUGCUGGCCGUGGGGAUGAAGAACGGGGAGUUCCUCCUCCUCCUCGCCAACUCGCUCAAGAUGUGGACGAAGAAACGCGACCGCAGCGCCGCCAUCCAGGACAUCCGGUUCAGUCCAGACCGGCAGUUGUUGGCAGUCGGAUCAGUGGAGAACACGGUGGAUGUGUACGAUGUGAGCGGAGGACCGAGUCUGAACCGACUGGUUUACUGCAGCGACAUCCCAGCUUUCAUCCUGCAGCUCGACUUCUCUGCUGACAGCUGUUAUAUACAGGUGUCCACAGGAGUUUAUAAGCGGCAGGUGUUUGAAGUUCCUUCAGGGAAGUUGGUGAGUGACCAGACCGUCAUCGACAGAAUCACCUGGGCAACCUGGACCAGCGUGCUGGGAGACGAGGUUUUGGGGAUUUGGCCUCGAAACGCCGACAAAGCCGACGUGAACUGUGCCUGCGUGUCUCACGCCGGCCUGAACAUCGUCACCGGCGACGACUUCGGAUUGGUCAAGCUGUUCGACUUCCCCUGUACAGAGAAGUUUGCCAAACACAAGCGCUACCUCGGCCACUCGGCUCAUGUGACCAACAUCCGCUUCUCCCACGACGACAAAUACGUGAUCAGCACAGGAGGAGACGACUGCAGUGUGUUUGUGUGGAAAUGUCUGUGAACGCAGAGCUUCCUGCCGCCCGCCGACGCUUUGAUCCAAAGCGCCUUAACAGCACCACAAGUGGAUCCAGAGGGAAUCGAACCCACAACCUGAACCACCAAACUUUUUGUCGGCGACGAGGCAGAAAGCGACAGAGCAGCAGCAGCAGCAGCAGCUCAAUGAUCCGACGUGUCCUCAUGGAUCACAUGACUGACGCAAACCCCGAGGAGGCUAAAAGACCCGAACCAGAAGAUUCAUCAGACGGUUUCCAUGGAAACGGGCUUAUAUUUUCUCAGUCCCGAGCAGAGAAACAGACUUUGUUGCAUUUUUUUGUUGUUGGUUCCUUUGACUUCACAACGACCAGGACCGUGAAGGAGCGGUCCAACCUGCCGCCAUGUCCGCCUCCGUCUCCUGCUGCUCAGACCACGAACAAACUGUCACGGACUGAUGACGUGAACAUCUGGAGUCAGACACAAAGAGAACACGGUUCAUCACAACGUGCAAACACAACAAUGCGUUAGUUCGUAUUUGAGCUUCUCAUUUCGGAUCGUUGCAAGAAAUCGGAACUACUUUCUGAUGAGGCUCCAUUUGUGAAAGGUUAAUUAAUCAUUUACAAAGUCACUAAUCAGAUCAGCUCUUCGCUUUGUCUUUCAGUCGUUAUGGAAACGUCUCCAGUGACUGUGUGACCGCUGAUCUCCUGCAGGCCGAAAUGUGUCUGCAGGAUCCUGGCAACCCAAAAGUUGCUCUUCUUAAUGACUUAUAAAGAUUUAUUAACAAUUUAUUAAUCGUUCCUAAAUUCUUAUCAGAAAAUAGAGCCGGAAUAUUUUCUUCCAUCAAACGAAGCGGUUUUUCCUCCGGUCCAGGGGUCAGAUGUGUGAAGCUGCAGAUUCACGACUGAAACAUUCAGACACAUUUGUUCCGUCAGACGUUUGAAGCACGAUUCUGUUUCAUCAGUCUCAGUCACCGUGGGAGCGGCUGCACGUGCACGAGCCUCAUUUCCACUCCCACUGGGAGCCUGAGAUGAAUUUUUCACAUCUGUCUUAAAAGAAAACUGACGUGUACAAACAAAAUACAACAAAACAACUGGAGACCUUCUCUUUUACUAUUUCAUACCUACAACUCAAUGUACAACAGCCUUAGAAUCAUGUUUUAAGAAUCUCUUCAGUGUCAAAGUCGUGCAGUGAUAUUGAUCAGUACAUCUAAUGCUUCAUGAUAAAAAGGAACUAAAAACAGCAAAAUGUGAACGAAUACAGGCUAAAAAAACAGGACUCAACUCACAGCGAAAGUCACUGAAUCCACGGCAACAUUGUUCUUCCUGUUUCCUGUUUCUGUUCACACAAGUGGAAACUUUGAAUGUUUCAUUUUCCCAAAUUUUACCC